UAAUUAGAGGGGGGAGCUAAUGGUCACGUGGUAUAUGUGUCAACCAUGUGGUUAAGAUCGACAGCGUUAUUUGGUGUGGUGGUGGGAAGUAGAGGACUGGUUAGAAGUAUGUGUGCUCAGGUGGGAGACUGGCAGACUGCCAAGUCAAUCUAUGAGUUUUCAGCCAAGGACAUUGAUGGGAAUGAAGUGUCUCUUGAGAAGUACAGAGGAAAUGUUUGCAUCAUCGUAAAUGUAGCCUCUAAAUGAGGAAAGACCAAAGUAAACUACACUCAGCUAGCGGAAAUGCACGCUUCCUACGCUGAGAAAGGUUUACGCAUCUUGGGCUUCCCAUGCAAUCAGUUUGGAGGACAGGAACCAGGCACAGACGCAGAGAUUAAAGAGUUUGCCAAAGGUUACAACGCAGAGUUUGAUCUUUUCAGUAAGAUAGAUGUGAAUGGCGAUGAUGCUCAUCCUCUAUGGAAAUGGAUGAAGGCACAGCCCAAAGGAAAGGGAACCUUUGGAAAUAACAUCAAAUGGAAUUUCACAAAGUUUCUCAUAGACAAGGAGGGACAGGUGGCGAAGAGAUACGGCCCCACAGAGGAUCCCAGUGUGGUGGAGAAGGACUUGCCCACAUACAUGUAAUGCUACUGAUAUCUCCUAUGUGUUUGUCUGACUCCUGACCUCUCAAAUGGACUCAAGGGUAUUUGUGUGUGUGCCUGGACCUGUGACGGUGCUGUCUGCAAACCCAUUAUUGGAAAGGACAGAGCCUGAUGAUCCCCAGCGUGCAACUUUAUCUCCAGAGCCCAUACACAUCAAGCCUUUUGUUUGGCCAUAUGAGAGGACAUUCACUAGUUAGAUGAAGUAGAGAUAGUACACGUCAUAAUCCAAAUUCAAAACAGCCAUUCCUUGUUCUAAUAACAAUGUCAGCUUUGAGUGUUAAGUGCUAAAUUUACCUGUCAGUGUCUGCAUGUUUUAUGUCAUGACAUGAAUACCAUAAAUUGCACAGGUUUCUGUAAAGCUACUGGUUAAAUGGAGGAAUAAAUGCUGUGUUGCACAUUU